UAGAACCAUUCAGCCCGCGAGGCGAGAGCGAGCUCAGUGUCCGGUCAGUCGUUUGUCGACUUUCAGUUGGCCAUCGUGCGAGGCGAGCGCACCACGGUGCUGCUUUUGUCUCGUUCAAGCGGGCUGAAUUUAGGUUAGAAGUCUCGUGGAAGAAAGCUUUUAAAUCUCUCUCAAUAGAGAGAAGUGCGAGAGAGAUAGAGAGAGAGAACGGAAGUCUGUGUUCGCGAGGUACACUGUCCCGUCGUCUCGGCGAAUCUCUCACAGGAUCUAAAAAAAUCUCGUUUUCGCGUCGAGAGAAUUACAUGCGUCAACAAACCACGGAAGAGACACGCAAGAGUUUCGUACGGGAAUAAAUUGGAACGACCGUUUUCUCUCGUGAGAGUAUAAGUGUGUCGUUUUCACUCGAAGUCGUCUGGUUCCGCGAAACAGAACAAAAGCAUCGAAUCGCAUGUGCGCCCUCGACGAUACCACCGAUGAAAUUGCGAUGAAGCGGCACACACCACGACUGAAUACGUGACAACUGUUGUGCCGGCUGCGGUGUAAAUCCAGGUGUAUAAAACGUGCGAGAAUCCACUAUGCACACGAUGACGUGCCCGAGUUGCCGGCACCGCUUUUCGGCGGAAUGCUGCCAGGAGCCGAGCAAAGGAACCAGCAAAAGAGCCGAGCAGAAGAACUUUUCUUUCAGCUGGAACGGAAUAGCUGAAAGGCAGGAGUGCGAGAAAAACACUGCCGGCGUUAUUCAUCCGGCGGCGGCGGCGACGAGGACAACGACGACGACAACUUCUUACCUCGGUAAUUUUCUGGUACCACGCGACUGCACCAGCGGCGGCGGUUGUUUCAUAAACGCCACGCCGACGACUGUUCAUCAACCCGCUCUUUUCAAUCAUUCUCAAUCGGAUAUAAUCCGUUACGGCUCCAACGACAACACAGUGGAGGUCUGCUAUAAUACUCGAAUGAUGCCCGUGAAGCAGAGACGUUCGCUCUGCCUGGAAUCGCCGAUGAAUCAGUUGAGAGAUCAGAUCUCUUUAACAAACGAGUCGGCGAACGAGAGAGUUGAUUGCGGUAUCACGUCGAAGCAACACAUAGCGACCACGUGUGAGCUCACUGGCGGCAGUGUGACGAUCACCACACCUGGUAUGUCCGACACGGAAGCUGGAAUCGUGAUACGAGCCGAGAUUCAGCCGAAACUCACCGGCGGCGGUUGCCUCGUACAGAAGACACUGUCCACCAGUCCGGACAACUCACCUCGGACGCUUGACGCACCGCCGAGCGGCUGUUCGGAAUUACCUGGGAACAGAGAGAUGUUCCAGCCAAUCAGAACAUUGGGAGAAAAUAAUGGGACGGACAGAUGUUGUCGCUGCAACGCGGCGACAGUUCAGCCGAAUCUCUGUCAGUGUUACAAGUGUUCGUCCUCCUCGAACGCGCCCGUUGAUUGCGACUCGUUGCUGCUGGAACCCGUCGGGAGUGGCGUGCAGGUUCGAGUGAACGCCACCGUGCAGUUGCCCGCGAAUCUGGGUCAGUGCAGAGUAAAUAUCACGGCAACAACGGCAACACCUACUAACCAAGUUACCGCUGCUCCGCCGUCGUUCAACCAGGCUCCUUUUAUGGAGACGCGCGCUUUCAACGGAGGGGGCAUCGUUUACGGAGGCCACGAGUUCGACUGCACGACGAGGAUCGGAACCAUCGCGAAAGGAAAGAACUAUGAUUAUUACGAUACGCAAGGAGAUGUAGUAAUGCCGAGUACUCCGGUUUCUUGGUUGCUACCCCUGAUCCUGGACUCAGAACUGUUGGACAGGGAUGUGUACAUAUUGCACCAGACGAAGAAGUUGUUGCAAAGUAGCGGUUGGUACCACGAGGGUAUCAGUUGGCAACAAAGUGAAAAUAUUUUGAAGCACGCGUCCGUGGGUCGGUGGUUGAUGAGAGACAGCUCGGACAGCAGAUACACUUUCGCGGUGUCGGUACAAACGGCGAGAGGUCCCACUUCUGUCAGAGUGCACUACUGGCUUGGCAAAUUCCGAUUCGAUACGGUCCCGCAGCUGGCGUGCGCGGUGCCGCUGUUCAAAUGUCCCGUCCGAAUGUUGGAGCACUACAUCGAAUAUUCGAAGAAGAUGGACGAGCACCGGAAGGAAGUCUGGGUCGAUUACAGCGGUAAACUGUACAGCCAGAUCUACUUGACCAAGCCCCUGCUCAAGGAAGUCAAAUCGCUGUCGCACUUAGCCAGACUAGUUGUCAAUCAACACAAACUACCUACCGACCAUCUGCCGCUCUUCAUCAGAGAUUAUCUCGCGGAAUAUCCGUAUACACUCUGAGUGUGCAAUAUGCGUAUAGUCGCGUGCCUUUAUCUUCCGAAAUCUUCCUAAUAUAUAAGUGAGAAUUUAUUUUUCUACACCACAUGUGCUACGGAGACGUUUCUUCGACGGCUUCUUAACGAUCGACUAACUGCGCUUUUAGUUGCAUCAAUCAAUCGCAAAGGUACAUUUUUACGCAAGAGCGAAGAUAAACAAAUAGGUACAUAUAUAAAAUAUAUAGAAAAAUAAUAUCAAUAUAUAUACAUAUAUAUAUAUUGAUGAACUAUAGCGCACGCGUCAGUGUAUUUGUGUGUAUGUAUACUCUCUGGUUUUUUAUACAUCCUAACUGGCUAAGAACUCUGAUAUUGUUAUAUCGCGCAUAUUUCACAGUGAAUUAUCAUCUAAAUUUGUGUUUUUCUCCGACGAUUCGUUUUCUGACGGAAAAUUACUUUUCGUAUAUAUAGAGAGUAUAAAACAGUCCGUCUACAAACAAGUUUUCUACGUAUGUAUUACAACGUAAUAUUGUUUAUCAUAAUUUCUUCUUUUUUGAAUUUUGUCAUGUGAAUUGUGUUUCGCCGUGUAAGUGGCGGACGGUAGUGGCGGUGUUGUAUAAUGUCUCUCGUUAACGUCUAUACUCAAAAAGCAGCGCAUACUUGUAGAAUUUAUUUAAAGCGCUGGUUUUCGCCUUAAAAGAAAAAAAAACAUUAAUAACAUAUGUUCAACAAUUUUGAUUGAUGAACACAUGUCCUGCAAUAAUACUUACGAUCUAUAUAAACUUUAAAAAAAUUGACGAAAUAUUUUUAUAUCUUCUUGAAAAAAGAGUAUAUAAAAGAAUGACUGCACAGUUUAAUAUAAUUGUGGUUUUUACUUUACUCCUUUUCGCGUCGCCGGAACUUUCUAUGGAUAUGUAUAAAAAAAAACGUGUGAAAAUAUUUUAUAGAUAUUUUAUAGAUAGCUGUAUACUAUGUGAUGCAAUAUGUGGUACACGAUAAGUAAAACGAAUGACUAGAUGUGUGUGAUGUAAUAGUAAAUACAUACUCUGAAAACGAUUAAAAAAAAAAAAUUAUCAAUGUCA